ACAACGCGUUAGCGGUGAUAGGCUGAACCACGAAUGAGUUGCUGAAUCCACUGUCUUUAAAGGACUAGCCUAAAUAAGCAACGUCGACGAUAUCGUCCCUUACGAAGACGUUAUCUAUGGGAUCGACAGUCGCAAAACCAAGCGUCAACAUCGACCGCCGACAAGAUAUGUUCUCUGCCAUUCACUGCAGCUUUCACUGCAAAUUUAUCUUCACCUGGAAACUCAGAGCCACAUCUAUACUCCCAGUGAUUGCGAAACUUCGUUAAUACCAAACAAACUGUGAAUAAUUUAUAAGUGCCUCGUUUCGUUUGUCGAUUGUGAUCUUCAUUGUAAUGAAAAGUGAUAUUAUGUAUAAUUUAAACGUAGACCUGGCAAAAUCGGCGGCCAACGCCGUCAAUACCCUCCUGGUGGAAAGCACCAACACAACUCCACGCACUCCGGAAAUCCUAAACUCCCUCAUAGCCAUGACAAAUCCGUUAGAUGGCUAUAACUUCGGAGACGCUGCCAAAAAAAACUCUAACCUGAACAUGAGCAGCGACUCGAAUAGUUCUUGCAGCAGCCAAGUAGAGUCACCAACUACCAAUCCGCCCAGCGUACAACACACGUGUUCUCAACUGAUAAAAGCUGGACUCAAACUGACGAUCGAGCAAAAACGAAAACAACUUAGCGACGGGGAAGACCUCCUGGAUCUGGACAUGGUGGCCAAGGUCAGGAAAAUCGAAUGCAGCGAAUCGGAGGACGACAGGAUCAAGACGGAACCUGGGUUGACACCCGAAGAUGAAGAACGAAGAAGGCGUAGACGAGAACGAAACAAAAUCGCAGCGACUAAAUGCCGCUUGAAGAAGAGGGAACGAACCGCCAACCUGAUCCACGAGUCUGAAACCUUAGAAACUCAAAACAUCGAAUUGAAAACCCAACUCCAAGAACUGCAGGGUCAAAAACAAUCUCUAAUGGAUAUGCUGUCUAUUCAUCGACCACAUUGCCAGCACAACAUCGGUCCUGCCACCCGCGAUCUCCUCUAUAGGCUUCCUCCAGUAUCGUCCGUCAUGGAAACCCAUUCCUAUAGUAGGCCGCCUUCAGUUGAUUCUAGCUUCAGGAAUAACAACCAAGAAUCAUUCUCUUCUAGGUCAGCUAAUGUCUCGGUCUCUAAUAACCUUACAUAUACCAGGUCCGGAUUCUGCAAACCGCCCAGCAUCGUAAUAGAAGAGGUGAAUGAAGACUACGAACUCAGUCAGUUCACGAAUCUUGAAAGUUACCCUUACAGCUCACCCUGCCACAAUUAUUCUGGAAACGGAAACUACAACAGCACAGGAAUUGACAAUGGCUGUAUGGCGUGAUUGUUCACUUGUAUUUUAUACGUAUUUUUAGAUAUUUUUUUAUUGCGUUAGGACAUCACUCAGAGAUUGUUCUCUUUAUAUUUUUAUAAAUCGAUACUAUUUAUUUGUGCAUCAUUAAGAUAAUUUCAUUGCUGUUAUAGUAGGUGGCUGAAUACAUUUUUAUCAAUCCCUUCACAAUACCUAUUCGUUUUUCAUAUUGGUGGAUAUUAGGCAUGAUUGAUACUUGGAUGGAAUAACGAAUAAGGCAAACACCAAAAAAAUAGUAAGCAAUGUCAUUUCGGGCUUAUUACAUAUUCAAUGUUAUAUGUCAAUCAAUUGAAACUAUCCUUUUAUUUUCAAUAAUUAUGCGAUAAGACUUUUUUUAAAACUUUUUCUUUGUUUCUCAUUAAAGUCUUCUACUCAAAUUUUUGCUUGUGGAUUUCAUUUUCAAGAUUUCUACUUCAUCAAAGUUAUGAAUAUUAUACAAAUGAUUAUUGAUUUUGUGUUCAUCUUGUGUAUAAUUGAGAAUUUCUUCAGCAGGUACUAUACAAAGUCAUAAUCUCAAUGAUUCCAGAAUCUUCCCAAGGGAAAUUAUUCUCAGCGCCAUUAUUUAUGUGUUGUUGAAAGAUGGAAACUGAAACAAUUUAUAUAUCUCUAGAGAUUAUACAGUGUGUCCCAGCAAAAACUUGUCACCCCCCAAUCUGCGAACUCGUGAAAAAAUUAAAAAUCGCUUAGACUCGUCGAUUUUUAUUUCAAGUAGGAAUACUUUCACCAAAUACAUCAUUAUUGAGUUGUCAACCCCCUUAUCCCCAGCACUCCCUACUUCAGAAUUUUCAAUGGUACGUACUACUAUACUUGUGAUCCAUAAAAAUAAGACUAAUGGUGCUGAAUCAGGGGAUCUGGCUGGCCAUUUUCUAUUGGUCCUCGCCUUCCAAUCUAUCUCCCUGUGAAAUUGUCAUCUAAAAAUUGAAAUACAGGCGCAACAAAAUGUGGAGGAGCUCCAUCUUGUUGAAGGGUGACCUGACCUUCACAUAGACUAUCAUCGAUUUCAAGUUACUGAGUGAUUCUGGGGUUCACAGUUGUAUCAAGAAGUUCAAGAUAUGUUUGUUUGUCCGUCGAGGUUAUUUAUCAUCAGUGAAAUAUUGACCUACAAUAUGGUCUCCCAGAAUACCAGCCUAAACAUUCAAUUUUUGGGGGGGUUUGUGAAUGAGUUUCCCUGUACCAAUGGGGAAUUACGUCACUCCACUAUCUGCAGUUGUGCCUGUUCACAUGUCAAUUCAAAUAAAGAAAGAAUUGGUCAGAAAAGCUCACAUUCUAGAGGUAAUUAUUAUCGCCAAUUCAUAAUUGACUCAUGAUUUAACAAAACUGUACGUCUGUCAGGAUCAUCUUCAUUUAAUUCUUGUACGUUCUGCAUUUUAUAAGGAUGGAAUUUUGCUUCUUCCAGAAUUCGAGGUACGCUGCUUUUAGAAACUCCAGAAAUAGUCUCAAGUUGUCUUGAAGAUUGAAUGUUGUCCAUCACUGCAUGUCCUACAACUGCAACAGUGACCCCUUCAUUUUUCAUAGGCUUAUCUCGUUCAUGUUUUUUAUUCAGGACUGAUCCCGACUCCAUGAACUUAUUCAUCAAUUGAAUCACGUAAUGAUAUGAUGUGGUUUUUUCAGGGUGAAUUUCAUUGAAAAUUCGAGCCGUAGCUCUAGCACAUCGUCCAUUUUCAAAAUACGCAGCUACAACGGAUAUUCUCUCUUUAAUAGUAUAAACCAUUUUUGAAAGUUUUCAAAUUGUUAAAUGAAGUUAAUCGAAUACAUCAAUAUACCAAGGCUUAAACAAAUAUAUGCAUAUACAAAAACACAUGGCGACAAUUUUUUUUUUCAUGAAAAUGUCUGUCUCAUCUUCUAAACUAUAAUUUCUGAAAGCAUAUUAUUCUUCAAUACAGUGAACCUUUCUUACGAUGAUAACAUUUCAGGAGAUGAAAAAUAAAAAUAUCUUGGUAAAACUUAGCUUCCAUUAAAACUUCAACAACACUUGAUCAAUCCUCAAUUUCAGUACAUCGAUGUAUUUGCGAUUUAGUUCCCUUCAAAAUGAUGUAUCACAAGUUUAAUAGUCCAAUUGAAAAUUCUGAAGUAGGGAGUGCUGGGGAUAAGGGAGUUGACAACUCAAUAAUGAUGUAUUUGGUGAAAGUAUUCCUACUUGAAAUAAAAAUCGACGGGUCUGAGCGACUUUCAAAAUUUUUUUCACGAGUUCGCAGAUAAAGAGGUUGACAAGUUUUAGCUGGGACACACUAUAUAUAUUUUUCCAAGCUUCUGAACUUGGAAAUUGAGUUAUACAAUAAAAAUAGCUACAUUUUUCACAUAAGUAUAGGUUAAUUUGUAUUUAAUGCCACCUAAAGGAUGCAAUAUCUUUUAUACUAUCACCACUUCUAAGAUUUACUAGUAGUUUGUUAGUUAUUGUUUAGUAAUUCACCUCAUUUGUUACAUGUUACCAGAUCUGAUAUGGAGUCUACUGAUGUUAAGGAUUUUAUAAAUAUAUAAAACUUGUUUUGUUACUAUUACAAUUAAUGAAUAUUGGUGCAUAUUACGCAUUCCACAGAAUAGAAAGUAUAGUAUUUCUUAUUUUCUUUAAUAAUUAAAUGUUUUUUAAUACUUUUUUGUAUAUGUGUUACUGCCAAAUUUUUAUUUUUUCCUUUUAUUCAUGCAAGUUUGAAAUAUUUUAAUAUUGUUUUUAGUUCAUAUUUUUCUAUUUUGCUAGGUUUAGUUUCUUGUACCUUUUUACACUUACCUCUGUUUUAGAUGUAGAUUAUAGAUAAAAAGAUGUAUUGAGGUUUCUUUGAGAAUUGUAGGUAUAAAAGUACCAGUAUUCUCAACAUCCAAUGAAAAAGUUGUGUACGAGGUAUCUAACCCUUCAAUCAUUAAAACCAUACAUACAAAUAUUUUGAUCUUUGCAACCAGUCAACAAUAAAUAAAUAUUUAUACAUUUGCUUGCAUGGGUUGUGAUUGUUGACAAUUGUCAACAGUAACAUAUUCAGGUUGUAUUCCUGAAGGGGAAAAUAUAAAGAAUAUCGAUAUUAAAUGAAAAUUUAUGUGCAUCAAAUGAAAUGAAAACUGUAUAAGGGGCGCAAUCCAUGAUGAAUGAACUAUUUGUCGCUGUUAUAUAUGUUACAUUAAGGCCUACAUUACAAUAUAACAUUUUUCAAGUCAAUCAUGAAUCUGUUUGAAAUCUACUUUCUCUGGUAUUUCCUGAGAGGAGAAUUUGCUUCCUAGGUGUCCACCCUGAUUAUGAAUACUUCAAUACAUUUUUUAGGUGCAUAUACUUUGCAGGCCAUUUUCUGAUAGGCUCAUUUUACUGGUUAUUCUCGUACGUGAAAAGAGAGAUUUUAAUUUAAGCAUAAGUCACAACCGUUAUAAAUAAACCUGUCAAGGAUAACCCUGCUUAUUUUUCAUAACUUUGUGUUAGUUACUUAGGCAAUUAUUUGAAAUAAUUCGCUUUAAGAACAUGCUUGUCCUAAUUUUAUAAACUAUAAUGCUUCUUUCAAAAGCGUUGCAAAUAUUUCCAACCGAUUUAAAAUUAAUGUUCAUAAAAAUAAUCUUGAAAUUUAUUUGUUGAAUUUGAAUUUUUUUGGAUUUUGGUAGUAAAGACUAUGAAAAAAAGUUGGAAAUAUUUUGGAACAUAAAUACCUAUUUGAUGUUUGGAACUGUGCUGUUUUUGUUAUGAAAUAGCAUAUGUUUUGUAGUUCGAAAUUUUCAAAGACAACUACUUAAAGAGUUUAAUUGUGAUAAAGAUGAUUGAUCACUCAUCUAUAAAUUUAAGAAAAAUUUCUUUUUGAUAGAACACACUUUGAAUUUUAAUAUUCUCGUGCCAUCACUUUAUUUUUUACAUGGAUCUUUCUAUUUUUAUAAAAAAAAUACACAAUGAAAUUCAUGUUGAAUUGGAUUUCUUUUUUAUUUACCAGACAGAAAAUUUUUAUUAUCAAUGGAUGAAUUUGAAAAAAAGAUGUGAAUUGAAGCUGGCGAUGUUUUCAACAGAAACUCUACAUAAAACAUUCUUUUCUGAUUUUCUGGCUAGGUCGAAACAAUUCUUGAAGAUAUGUAAGGUUUACACUCUGAUUAGCGUUUACAUACACAACUUUUCUUCAAAAUUUAUUUAGGUACCUAUUUUUUUUAUUGUUGUGAAUCUGAAGUUACCCAGUAACAAUUAAAACGGGUAGUAUAUAUAAUUUCAUCAAACAAGUUUUGUGCCUUAUUCCCGAAUUGGUGAAAAAUAAAUGUUUUCUUUUUGUAA